GAUUCCUCCUCUCUGUGUGUGAAUUAGCUCCUUCAACAUGAGCUGCAGCCUCUACUUGGCCUUUGUGUGUCUGAGUCUCCUCACUCAAAGGUUGUGCAUCCAGGGGAACCAGUUCAAUGUGGAGGUCAGCCGAAGUGACAAGCUUUCCUUGCCUGGCUUUGAGAACCUCACUGCAGGAUAUAACAAAUUUCUCAGGCCCAAUUUUGGUGGUGACCCAGUUCGGAUAGCACUGACGCUGGACAUAGCAAGCAUCUCUAGCAUCUCAGAGAGUAACAUGGACUACACGGCCACUAUAUACCUCCGGCAGCACUGGACAGAUCCCCGGCUGGUGUUCGAAGGCAACAAGAGUUUCACUCUAGAUGCCCGGCUCGUGGAGUUCCUCUGGGUACCAGACACUUACAUUGUGGAGUCCAAGAAGUCCUUCCUCCAUGAAGUCACGGUGGGAAACAGGCUCAUCCGCCUCUUCUCCAAUGGCACAGUCCUGUAUGCGCUCAGAAUCACAACAACUGUUACAUGCAACAUGGAUCUGUCUAAAUACCCCAUGGACACACAGACCUGCAAGUUGCAGCUAGAGAGCUGGGGGUACGAUGGCAAUGACGUGGAGUACUCCUGGCUGAGAGGGAAUGAUUCCGUGCGUGGACUUGAAAACCUGCGCCUUGCUCAGUAUACCAUCCAACAGUAUUUCACCUUGGUCACCGUAUCCCACCAGGAAACAGGGAACUAUACGCGACUGGUUCUGCAGUUUGAGCUCCGGAGGAACGUCUUGUAUUUCAUUCUGGAAACCUACGUUCCUUCCACGUUCCUGGUGGUGUUGUCCUGGGUUUCGUUUUGGAUCUCUCUUGAUUCCGUUCCUGCAAGAACAUGCAUCGGGGUGACAACAGUGUUAUCCAUGACCACGCUGAUGAUCGGCUCCCGCACAUCCCUACCCAACACCAACUGCUUCAUAAAGGCCAUCGAUGUGUACCUGGGGAUCUGCUUCAGUUUCGUGUUUGGGGCCUUGCUGGAGUACGCAGUUGCUCACUACAGCUCCUUACAGCAGAUGGCGGUCAAAGAUAGGGGGACGGUGAAGGAAUCAGAAGACGUCAAGAUCACUAACAUCAUCAACAGCUCCAUCUCCAGCUUUAAACGAAAGAUCAGCUUUGCCAGCAUUGAACUAUCCAGUGACAAUGUCAACUAUAGCGACUUGACAAUGAAAGCCAGCGACAAGUUCAAGUUUGUCUUCCGAGAAAAGAUCGGUAGAAUUGUUGAUUAUUUCACAAUUCAAAAUCCCAGCAAUGUGGAUCGAUACUCGAAACUACUAUUCCCUUUGAUCUUUAUGUUAGCCAAUGUAUUUUACUGGGCUUACUACAUGUAUUUUUGAGAUGACAUUGAACUUUUGCAUGCCAGGUGUCUUUAACAGAAUAACAUAAUGAUGUUAAGGGUAUUCCAGGACAUGUGUAUGCACUUCAGC